UCCGGUUCCUCUUCUAAUAUAUAACCUAUCCCUGACCACGGGUGGAACUCAAGGUGUGGAAACAUGAUGGCGUGCCCGUGGUUGAGGCAGUGCAGCAGGAGGUGGAGUAGUGCAAACUGUAGCACGAGUACGAGUUUAUUAGAGACAGUGUGGCAUUUAAACAACAGGUCCUUGUCCACGUUGUCCUCUUCUGUGGGGCGGAGAUCCUGGAGCUCCGGGCCGGGGAACGGGGGGCAGCCAGCAGCCCUAUCAACACAGCUACACCCAAAAACAUUUAACUUUACCACAUCUUUCCCCAGACACAGGUCACGGUUGCUGAAUCCCACACUACAGUCCUGCUGUUGCAGAAAGAGCGUACACAGCGAUGUGAAGCUGAAGGACCCCUUCAUGUUAGCCCAAAAAGAUUUAACAAAUUUAUAUGAUGACAUCAGAAAGGAGCUAUUUGUAUCCAGAGAAGAGCUGAAGUCUCUAUGCGACUACUACUUCGAUGGAAAGGGCAAGGCCAUCCGACCGCUGAUUGUCGUCCUGAUGGCCCGGGCGCUGAACUCCCACAGCAACAGAACAGCAGAUUUGCUCCCGGGGCAGAGGACGGUAGCGAUGAUCACAGAAAUGAUUCACACUGCGAGCCUUGUGCACGAUGACGUCAUAGACGGGUCAGAUAAACGGAGGGGGAAGAGAACCAUCAAUGAAGUUUGGGGUGAAAAAAAGGCCAUCUUAGCUGGAGAUUUGAUCCUUUCAGCCGCCUCCAUGGCCAUGGCUCGUAUUGGUGACAACACGGUGGUAAAACUGAUGUCCCAGGUGAUUGAGGAUCUGGUUCGAGGUGAAUUCAUGCAGCUGGGCUCCAAAGAGAACGAGAACGAGCGAUUCAAACACUACCUCGAGAAAACCUUCAAGAAGACGGCAAGUCUUAUCGCAAACAGUUGUCAAGCAGUUUGCGUUCUGGUAACUUCUGAUCCUGAAGUUCAUGAAAUCGCCUUUAUGUACGGGAAGAAUGUCGGCAUCGCAUUUCAGCUGGUAGAUGACGUCUUGGACUUCACAUCGGGAGCCAGUCAACUGGGGAAGCCCUCGGCUGCAGAUCUCAAACUGGGCUUGGCCACUGGGCCGGUCCUGUUUGCUUGUCGACAGUUUCCUGAGCUCCAUGCAAUGAUCAUGAGACGUUUCAGCACUAAAGGAGACGUAGAUCGAGCCUGGCAGUACGUCCUUCAGAGCGACGGCGUGGAUCAGACCAAAUACCUGGCCCAGCGCUACUGUCAAGAAGCCAUCCGGCAGAUCAGCAUGCUGAGGCCGUCGGAAGAGAGAGACGCCCUCAUCAGGCUCACUGAGAUGGUGCUCACCAGAGAGAAGUGACCCUCCACUGCCAGGCUUCACUUAAGGCAGCUACCUGUGGGGAAAAAAGCAACUCGCCCUCUCUCACCCAGCUCCCGUGUUUGCGCUGACAUCGGUCAAACAAAAAAACGUCAGAAGCGAUGGGAGUUUGGUCUGGAAGGGCUGGUUUGCUAAAAAAAAGACACCAUAUAUACAAAUACACUGUUUUUAGUGCAAAUCUUUUGAUUCAGCCUUCCUGAAUGGUAUCAACAGAUGAUUUUUGGAAAAGGAAAAAUCAUGGAUGACGCUGAAAACUACAACACAAACUCUUCAACAUCAUUCAGUACUGUAAUUUGCAACUUCCUCCCAUGCUUGAAACUAGCCACCUUUGACGGACAUUUUGUUACAUGCUAGCGUUGAGCUGCGGCGGCGGCGGCGUUGCGACAUCUGUGUAAUUCCAAACACAACGGAAGUGAAUCAUUGUCAUCGGUGUGUUUUGUUGGAUUAUAGUUCUUCACAAUCCGUCCACACCUCAGAGGCCAAACAGUCAUGUGACUUUCUGACUUGUGAAAUGUUAUAAUGGUUACUUAUUUAAUGCAUUGUAACAACAUAAAGGCCUUAACAUCCUCAACGACUGUGCUCAAUAAACCUACAAUCAUGCUUUUUUUUAUUUAAUAAAA